AUGGUGACUGAGUGCAGGGCCUGCAGGGGAACAUCGGCCCGUGGGGAGGGCUGGGGCUCCAGGGCCCCCCGGGAGGCCAGGGCCCCCCUGGAUCUGGGGGCCCCAGAGGGGUGGCAGGAUACCCAGGUAAAGAUGGACCCACAGGAGCCUUUGGGGCAGCCACAGAGAAAGGAGACAAGGGAUUCACGGGUGCUGUUGGCCAAAAGGGAGUUGCUGGUGUCGAUGGGGCCUCUAGGACUGAGGGGACCAGAGGGGCCUGCAGGGAGGGCAGGACCAGCUGGUGAGAAGGGAGAAGGGGGGCCUCGUGGGGAGAGCGGGCUCAAGGGUUUCCAAGGAGACCGAGGUAAACAAGGGGUACAAGGACCCAAUGGAGCACCAGGGAAACAGGGUUCCCGGGGUUCCCCAGGCGACAGAGGGAAGCAGGGAGUCCCAGGACUGAAGGGUCAGCCUGGCAUUAGAGGCUUGUCAGGUCUUCCAGGGCGUUAUGGAACAGGGGGGAGUACAGGACCUGGGGGUGCCAAGGGACAGAAGGGAAUCCAUGGACAAACGGGGCCUCCAGGAAGUCUAGGCCCUGCAGGUUUAAUAGGCCCUAAAGGACCACCAGGUUCACCUGGAAAGAGUGGUGCGGAUGGUAAAGAUGGGAAACUAGGACCAAAGGGAGAUUCUGGGAAGAAGGGUAAUCUUGGCAGUAGGGGUGAGAAAGGAAAAAUGGGAGUGGCAGGUCCAAUGGGGCAGAAGGGAGAUGCCGGGAAAAGAGGAAAGAUGGGGACCUCGGGAAAGAGGGGGUUCGUGGGGUCAGCUGGACCUAAAGGUCGACCAGGACCUGCUGGUUCCCCCGGAGAAGAGGGAGACAUAGGACCCGAUGGGCCAAAGGGAUUGGACCAGGGCCCAGGACAAAAAGGGAGUAAGGGACUUCCUGGAAAGCUGGGAGCACGAGGACCGGUGGGAAAGCCUGGCUCUGUAGGAAGACCUGGAAAGCCAGGUCUUGCUGGUCUGGAUGGCUUGCUGGGAGUUGAAGGGAAUGAAGGAGAUCCGGGUGAUAUGGGCUACAGAGGAGCCUCCGGAAGACCUGGCCGACCUGGCCAGAUGGGUCAACUUGGACACCUUGGACGGAGGGGGAACAAUGGAAGCCCUGGAUCCAAGGGGAAUUUUGGACCGAAAGGCAAACGUGGACCACCCGGACCAGCAGGCCCGAAGGGUCUUCCAGGCCUGGGAGGAGAGAAGGGGGACAUCGGCCUCUCUGGAUCCAAGGGUCAACCUGGUGACAAAGGCCUAUCAGGAAACAGUGGAAUUCCUGGACGCAAAGAUAAUCAGGGCUUGAUCGGGCCUAAAGGAAGAAUAGGUCCUAAAGGUCUACAGGGAGACGUUGGUCCACGUGGACCGCCUGGACGAAGAGGAUCACCUGGACCUCCAGGCCUCUUUGGGAAAAAGGGGGUGAAGGGCGUGCAAGGAUUGCCCGGAGUCAAAGGAGAGAGAGGCCAAAGAGGACCACCAGGUAAACCUGGCGUACCAGGUCCACCAAGAUCUAGAUUGAGAUCUGGACCACAACUCUGGAAAAAAUCCAUACUCAGGCCCAGCACAAAGCUAAACCCUGGAUCUGGACCAACCCCCAUACCCAGGCCUAGCACCAAGCUAAACCCUGGAUCUGGACCAACCCCCAUACCCAGGCCUAGCACCAAGCUAAACCCUGGAUCUGGACCAACCCCCAUAGCCAGGCCUAGCACCAAGCUAAACCCUGGAUCUGGACCAACCUCUAUACCCAGGCCCAGCACCAAGCUAAACCCUGGGUCUGGACCAAACCCCAUGCCCAGGCCUAGCACCAAGCUAAACCCUGGAUCUGGACCAAUCCCCAUACCCAAGCCUAGCACCAAGCUAAACCCUGGAUCUGGACCACAACCGGUGCCAAAGCGUGGAUCAACACCUGGGCAAAGACCUGAACUAAAAGCAGGGAUCAGGUCUGGGAGCAGACCUGGAUCUACACUGCUUCUGAUACCUGGGCCAGGACCCAAACCUGGACCCAAACCUAGACCUGGACUUAAACCUGGACCAGGACAAAGACAACCUAAAACCAAACCUGCUCCAAUUUCUCAAAGAAGAGGACCUCUAAAACCACCCCCAAGCACUGUGACCCGAGGCCCACCAGGGCUUCUGGGGGACCAGGCCGUCAGCAGCACCUUCGGCUGGCCGGAGGGCACCAGGGACAGCCCUGCCACCACCUGUCAUGAGCUGGGACUUAUCCACCCGCACCUGGAGGACGGUCAGUGGUUCAGACCAGGGGCGUCGGAAUGGGGAGGAGAUUAG